GAAAACAGAACAUUUUAAACCGACAGACUAAAGAUCCGUUACAGACUGACAGAAGGAGACAGAGAGAGAGAGAGAGAGAGAGAGAGAGAGAGAGAGAGAGAGAGAGAGUUUAUAGACAUGAUGUCCUACAUGAAGCAGCCUCAUUACUCCGUGAACGGGUUGACUCUGUCCGGUACCGGGAUGGAUCUCCUGCACUCCGCCGUCGGUUACCCGAACACCCCGCGGAAGCAGCGGCGCGAGAGAACCACCUUCACGCGCGCGCAGCUCGACAUCCUCGAGGCGCUGUUCGCCAAGACACGAUACCCAGACAUCUUCAUGAGAGAGGAGGUGGCCCUCAAGAUCAACCUGCCCGAGUCCAGAGUCCAGGUCUGUUAAUCCUUUAGGGUAGAGCUAUUUAAUUACCGGAAAUUGAAAAGUGUUUUUUGUCAUUUCUACUAGUUUGUGUGGUUUUCAAAUACAUCUACAUGGGGGUUUGUUCAUUUUUGUCAAUUUACAUCAAGUUCAAGUGAGUAAAAAUGUCACUUUUAUUUUAUUAUAAAUAAGUAUUAUCUGUAUUUUCAAGUUUUAGUGUGGUUCAAGAACCGUCGGGCCAAAUGCCGCCAGCAGCAGCAGCAGCAGACGAGCGGUCAGACCAAACCCAGACCGCCGAAGAAGAAGUCGUCUCCGGCCCGAGAGCCCAGCGUCAGCGAGCCCAGCGCCAGCACCAACGGCCCCUACAGCCCCCCGCCGGCCCCGGCCCCGAGCUCCAGCUCCACCAGCGCCACCGUGUCCAUCUGGAGCCCGGCCUCCAUCUCUCCUCUGCAGGACCCGCUGUCGGUGUCCAGCACGCCCUGCCUGCAGCGCUCCGGAGCCUACCCCAUGACCUACACCCAGGCCCCGGCCUACAGCCAGAGCUACGCCUCGUCCUCGUCCUACUUCAGCGGGCUGGACUGCAGCUCGUACCUGUCGCCCAUGCACCCGCAGCUGUCGGCCCCCGGGGGCGCUCUCAGCCCGAUGGGUGCGGCCCUCGGCCAGUCGCCCGCCUCGCUCUCGUCUCAGGGCUACACCGCCGCCUCGCUGGGCUCCGGAGCCGUCGACUGCUUGGACUACAAGGACCAGACGGCGUCCUGGAAGCUCAACUUCAACGCCGCGGACUGCCUGGACUACAAGGACCAGAACUCCUGGAAGUUCCAGGUCCUGUAGGGCGUCUGGGAGAAGUGGCAGCGAUGCCAUGAACGGACCGUUUCUGGUUCCCCGAAGAACCUUCGAGCGAACGAAAAG